GCCACUGGACUCCGCGGAGCAAGCGAGUGGUCAGCGCGGAGCCAGAGCCGCGCGCAUCUUUCCAGAGGCCGACGCCAGCUCGCCGGCAUGGCCCCCGCAGCGGCAUCGGGCGGCAGCACCCUGCCCAGUGGCUUCUCGGUCUUCGUCACCUUCCCGGACUUGCUCUUCGUCUUUGAGUUUGUCUUCGGGGGCCUGGUAUGGAUCCUGAUCGCCUCCUCCCUGGUGCCCAUCCCCCUGGUCCAGGGCUGGGUGAUGUUCGUGUCUGUGUUCUGCUUCGUGGCCACCACUGCCCUGCUGGUCAUGUACAUAAUCGGUGGCCAUGGUGGGGAGACUUCCUGGGUCACCAUGGAUGCAGCCUACCACUGUGUGGCCGCCCUGUUUUACCUCAGUGCCUCUGUCCUGGAAGCCCUGGCCACCAUCAGCAUGCAAGAAGGUUUUACCUACAAGCACUACCAUGAAAACAUCUCUGCUGUGGUGUUUGCCUACGUGGCCACUCUGCUGUACGUGGUCCAUGCAGUGUUUUCCUUGAUCAGAUGGAAGUCUUCCUAAGGCAGCAGAGCAAGAGCUGGAAACCCAGAUGGCACCAUCUUCUCCCAGCAUAACUUUCUAGAACACAGACAUGAUGUGGAGAAAAGAAGACAAGCCAAAACACAGCAAAACAAACAAACAAACAAGAGGCCACACUCUUCCUCAUGGGUGUCAUGUUCACCUUCUGUCACAGGCUGGGGUUUGUGUUCCACUCCAGCUGUGGAACUCUCCUUCCAGGGUACCCUCCUGCCCACAGUGACAGGGCAGAGGGUGGGAAGUGAGGGCCCAGACCUGAGGAGUAAAUGACAGUCCCUGUUGAUCCCUGGAGCAGGUCUUGAGACUGCUUCUUGGAAUCUCCCACAGGUGCUUCAAGUACCCAUGUCCUGGCAUGUUUCUAAGUCUUCAUGGAUAUUCUAUGUGUCCUAGGAACUGAAAUUCACCCAGCAGAAGUCUCCAGAACUCUGUGGUGGAAGAUAAAAUACUCUUUGAAAUACUUUAUAAAGUCCCUUUUUGCUGAUA